CAGAAAGGGGGCGUGCUCCACACGUGUGUGUGUGUGUGAGUGUCAGUGGGUGCUGCUGCACAACACGAAAAACCCACCCUUAUUCAACGUGGUGUCUCUCUUUGGGCAUCAACCUAUAGCCUGGACCAUUGACAUUGCCUCCCAUGUUAUAUAAUUGAUUUAGAUUUGGUUAAAAACAACAGCGUCCCCUUUCUUUUGGCGCCGUUCACAGUUGGCUGUCGGCCAGGGGAUCUAGACGCACACCGGACACACCUGGAGUCGUAUUGGUAAUCAUGGCGACAUCUCUGCUGAGGAUGGGAAGGCUGGGUUCCUCUCUGAAGUGUUUGAGGCCUGAGAGCUGCAGGUCUCCCAACAGAGUAUCAGCAGUUGCAGCCCUCAGCACGAAAUCCGGAGGAGGCAAGAAGCCGAUUAAAAAAGUCAACCAAGACAAAAAGCCUGGUAAAACAUACUUCGAUAUAGAGAAACUAGUCCAGCAUAAGACCUUUGUGGAGAUGCCCAAGAAGGACCCCGCCCUCAUGGUGGCCGUAGCAGAAGCUGCAGCUGCAUCUAAGCCUGCUGCAGAGCCUCUCGCCGCCGCGGUUACAGCUGAACCUGCAGCCAACAUUCCUGUUGUGGAGGCACCUGUCGCUGAGGCUAUGACCCCUGUGGUUGAAGCUGCAGCCCCCGUGGUUGAGGCUGUUGAGGCUGCGGCCCCUGUUGUUGAGGCUGCGGCCCCCGUGGUUGAGGCUGUUGAGGCUGCGGCCCCUGUUGUUGAGGCUGCGGCCCCUGUUGUGGAGGCUGUGGUUGAGGCUGCGGCCCCUGUUGUGGAGGCUGUGGUUGAGGCUGCGGCUCCUGUUGUGGAGGCUUUUGAGGCUGCGGCCCCUGUCAUUGAAGCUGUGGCCGAAGCUGCGGCCCCUGUUGUUGAAGCUGUUGCUGAGGCCGUGGCUCCUGUUGCUGAGGCUGUGGCUCCUGCCGUUGAGGCUGCGGUCCCUGUAGCUGAGGCUAUGGUAGAGGCCGUGGCUCCUGCCGUUGAGGCUGCGGUCCCUGUCAUUGAAGCUGUGACAGAAGCUGUGGCCCCUGUUGUAGAGGCUGUUGAGGAUGCGGCCCCUGUUGUGGAGGCUGUGGCUCCUGCCAUUGAGGCUGUGGCUCCUGCCAUUGAGGCUGCGGACCCUGUCAUUGAAGCUGUAGCCCCUGUUGCUGAGGCUGUUGAGGCUGCGGCCCCUGUUGUUGAGGCUGUGGCAGAAGCUGCAGCCCCUGUUGUUGAGGCUGUGGCCCCCAUCAUUGAAGAAGCCCCUCCUGUAGCAGCUCCCCAUGUUGUGGAGGCUGACCCUGAGGCCGUUAUGGAGGCUGCUCCAGCAGUUGAAGUUGCCCCUGUUAUUGAGGCUGCCCCAGAACCAGUUGCUGAAAGUUCUAUUGAAGCCCCACUGGCUGAAGCUCCUAUCGAGGCUGCCCCCGCUGUGGAAGCUGAAACCCCAGUAGAGGAGAGCCCAGAGGCUGUGGUGGCAGCGGCUCCAGUUGAGGAGCUGGUGGAUCCUGCGCCAGUCUUGGCUGAAGCAGCAGGGGAAGAACUCCAGGCCCCGGAUGAGCCUGAACCUGUUGAAUCCCCUGAGGCACAACUAGAUCCCAUUCAGAAGCUCUUCGUGGAUUCCAUAAGGGCGUACAACGCAAGCAGCCAGGCUAGCGGCGGGUUGGUGGAUGCGGGGGCAGAGUAUCAGAAGGCCCUGGCUGAGGAGAUGACCAAACUGCAGAGACUCUACGGUGGCGGGGACCUCGAAUCCUUCCCUGAGUUCAAGUUUCACGAACCCAAGUUGAGUGAAGUUUCCUCCAAAUGAAGACCUGCACUUUUUUAUGACAUGUUUUUCCCUCUCAGUCUCUCCUGUGCUUUCACUUAAGCAGUGUUAAAAUAAAAUAUCCUGUCUGCUAUUUUUCUAUGUGUGAAUGUAGAUGGAGCCCUUAGAUAUUCCAAUGGAAUUUAACCCUUUUGUGUUGGUGUUUCUCUGGAAGAACUGUAGAACUGUGAAAAUCUGCUUCUGCGUAGCAGAUAAGGAAAAGAAAACAAAUAAACUCCAAUUCAUGUUUGUUUUUA